AUAGUAUUAAACGAUAAAUCAUUAUAAGCUUCAUCUUAUUUUUAACAAUCAUGGUGCUACUUGCUAUUGAGUUGAGUAUAGCAGCUAUAAUAUUUAUUAUAGCACAUAUUUUUAUUACAAAAAUAACCACUAGCCGGAGGCGGCGACUCCCGCCAGGUCCCAUGGGGUGGCCGGUGAUCGGAGCACUUCCACUUCUAGGUGCUAUGCCACAUGUGUCACUUGCAAAAAUGGCCAAAAAAUAUGGACCUGUUAUGUAUCUCAAAGUUGGAACAUGUGGUAUGGCUGUUGCUUCUACCCCUAGUGCUGCUAAAGCAUUCUUGAAAACACUUGAUAUCAAUUUUUCCAAUCGUCCACCCAAUGCAGGUGCGACACACUUGGCCUAUAACGCCCAAGACUUGGUUUUUGCACAUUAUGGACCCCGUUGGAAGUUGCUAAGGAAAUUGAGCAACUUGCACAUGCUAGGUGGAAAAGCCUUGGAAGAUUGGGCAAAUAUCCGUGUCAAUGAGCUAGGUCACAUGCUAAAAUCGAUGUUCGACGCGAGCCGGGAAGGCGAGCGGGUGGUGGUGGCGGAUAUGCUGACGUUCGCGAUGGCAAACAUGAUCGGACAAGUAAUAUUAAGCAAGAGAGUGUUCGUGGACCAAAAGGGGGCUGAGGUCAACGAAUUUAAGGAUAUGGUGGUGGAAUUAAUGACUGUAGCGGGGUAUUUUAACAUUGGUGAUUUUAUUCCUAAAUUAGCUUGGAUGGAUUUACAAGGAAUUGAAAGAGGGAUGAAACGAUUGCACAAAAAGUUUGAUGAUUUAUUGACAAAGAUGUUUGAUGAACACAAAGCAACUAGCUAUGAACGUGAAGGGAAGCCUGAUUUUCUUGAUGUUGUUAUGGAAAAUAGGGAUAAUUCUGAAGGAGAAAGGCUCAGUACAACCAAUAUCAAAGCAGUUUUGCUGAAUUUAUUCACUGCUGGUACGGACACUUCAUCUAGUGCAAUAGAAUGGGCACUUGCAGAAAUGAUGAAAAAUCCCAACAUUCUCAAAAAAGCACAACAAGAAAUGGACCAAGUCAUUGGGAAAAAUAGACGUUUAAUUGAAUCUGACAUCCCAAAUCUCCCUUAUUUACGUGCAAUUUGCAAAGAAACAUUCCGAAAACACCCUUCAACACCAUUAAAUCUCCCUAGGGUAUCAAAUGAGUCGUGUGUAGUCGAUGGUUAUUACAUACCAAAAAAUACUAGGCUCAGCGUCAACAUAUGGGCGAUAGGACGAGACCCCGACGUGUGGGAAAAUCCGCUCGAGUUCGAUCCUGAGAGGUUCAUGAGGGGAAAAAAUGCGAAGAUUGAUCCGCGGGGUAAUGAUUUUGAGUUAAUUCCAUUUGGUGCAGGACGAAGAAUUUGUGCGGGGACAAGAAUGGGAAUAGUGAUGGUGGAGUACAUAUUGGGAACUUUGGUUCAUUCAUUUGAUUGGAAAUUACCAAAUGAUGUUAUUGAGAUUAAUAUGGAGGAAUCUUUUGGAUUGGCUUUGCAAAAAGCUGUCCCUCUUGAAGCUAUGGUUACUCCAAGGCUACCUUUGGAUGUUUAUUAUGCAAAUUAAAACCUUAUUUGGUUUCAAUUUGCAUAAUAAUGAAAAUUUGGGAGUCGAUUUGGCUAUAUAUAGAUAUUGAUAAUUCUAUAUUUUGAAGGGGUAAUUUGUCUUGUAAUUUGUUUGGCUUCUUCUAAUUAUAAUUAAUUCUUGUGCUUGUGGAAAAUUGUCUUAGUACUAUUUGUUGGAUUUAAUUGUUUUGUCAUAUAGUUUGGUACUUUGUUUGUCCAUGCUAGUCAAGAAAAGAAUAAAAAGAUUGGAAUUUUUAUUUUA